AUGAGCAAUUUAAUAGAUACUUUAUGUGAAAAGUUAGGCAUACAAGUCAGUUUGGAAGAUCCAAACUACCUAAUUGGCAGAGAGUCAUUUAAAAAGCGAAUCUCUGUAAUUGAGCAAACUAUCAAAAAUCUUGAUUCAUUGUGCUCAAAAUUAUCCUACAAAAGCCCAGAGCCUCCUAAAUGAAGAUCUAACUUUUUGCCUCCAAACUUCCCUAAUGAAGAUUUUUGUUUACUCCCCCUUUAAAUUGAGCAAAAUACUAAUAAAAAUCGAUUUUUGGGAUACUUUAACCCCCCUUUAAAUUCGAACGCGCAAUUAAAAUGAAGUGCUCUAGUAAGGUAGUUCCCUUAUUUGGACUUUUUAAAGGGAACUACAGUUCUUCUGAGAGCUUGCCUAUAAUAGAUGUCAUCCAUUGGCACUGAGCGACAGGGAAGAGUGUUUUUUGAAGUAGGAGAAAUGGGGUUCUAACGAUGGUGUAGCUGCCCAUCCGUUGCUCAGAGCGGAGCUCGCUUCUCAUAAAAGGCUUCAGAAAACAGAAUAUCAAAACUAUUUAAGGGUAAUCUUACUAACUAACUCCAAAAAGUUUUUUAAUAGAAAAAUUUUAUAUGAAAAAAAUGCUAAUUAGCUUUGGCAAAGUUAACACUUAGUCGAUUAAAUUUUUUAAAAUAAAAAUUAACCUCACUUCAAAUUGGAACAGUAUUUUACGUUUAAAAUUAAAGAGAGGAGUUUAGAUCGAGAUGACCCUACCAAUUUUUUAUCUAUCUCAACUGAAACUAAGAUAGUUGAGGGUGUAAUUAUAAAGACAGUUAAAGUUCCAAUGUUAAAUAAGCGGCAAAAAGAAAAUUCAGUGUCAGAAGAGUCAGAAGAAUCAGAUAAGUCAAGCUCAAGCUUUGAAUAUUUAUAGAAUUAAAUUAUAACAGGGUUUUUAGGGAUUAUUCCAGCUCCCUCGCCAUCCCAGGGAUGGCCUCGCUCUUGCCUUAGAGCUAUUCUAGCAGCUGUUCUUUUACCUCUGACAUAACUAAAAGAUGGUCUUUCGGGAGAUCGCCUACUUAUCUUCUGGGUCUCACCAAACAACAAAGAUUCCCUCAGCCUCCGACUGUGAUCAGAGAAUGGUAAACCAUCCUUGCUUCCUCCAUGGCCUGCCCGAGUCGUUUCUCAGGCUCGGUAAUGCUCUCAUGAGUGCUUAAGGGCAUUCACCAGCAGGUACAUCUUCAAGCAAGAAAAAAAGGUCGAGGGUCAGCCCCUUGAAAAAAAUCCCAUUCUGGAGAAUUAUCACCAUGUGUUUCCUCUUCCAUGGGUCAAGAUCAACUCUCGGAAGACCAGAGUCCACGUCAGAUCACGUCAUUUAAUAAUUCUUUUGAAUAUGAAGAAGAAGAAGAUAAUAAUAGCUACAUUUCUCCGCAAGAUUUCGAGGAGCUAGCAAGGGUUUUGAAAUUUAAUGACUUCUAACUCCCCCCCCCCCCUCCGUGAGCGAACAAAAAAAUUUUGUUCGCUCACGGAGGGGGGGUUAAUUUUUUUUUUUUAAAAAAAAUUUAUAUAUAAAUUUUAUAAAAAAUAUUUUUUUCGAAAUUUAAAAAAAUCCUAAUUUGCAAAAAUUGGGAAGCAAAUAUUAAUUUAAUUUGCAAAAUUUAUGUUUUAAAAACGCAAUUUGUUUAAAAUUAAACAGAAUUAGCUCUAGAUUUCAUUAUACUAAUUAUCACUUAUAUAUCAAAAUUUUUUUCCAUUAAAAUUUUUUCUAUUAAAAAAAUUUUUGUUCACUCACGGAGGGUGGGUUUUUGGUCAAAAAAUGGCGAUUUUUCUAAUGGUUUUGUUCGCUCACGGAGGGGGGGGGGGGAGUAA